AUGCGCCGCUUCCCCCAAAGUCGCUUGGGCACCGCGCUCAUCAGCCGGUGCAGCUCCGGGGAGGAGGUUCUGGUCCUGGUGGCGCAGAAUCUCAAGAGUCUGGACCACAUCCACUGCACUGCCUCUCUUCACCUGCUGGCCAAAUUCUCCUUGAAGGAUGGGCGCCUGGCCAGCCGCGCGCUGGGCGCGCUGCUGUCGCGGCAGGCUGACUUCCUGCAACAAGGACGUCUUGAUGGCCGGCAGAUGGCGAACACACUCUGGGCGCUGGCGCGGUUGCGUGGCGUGGCCACUGGGGCCAGGCCUGGCUUGGUGGCGGAGGUGAGCACCCAGCUGGCUGCAUGCGCCAUGGACGAGGGGCUGGGCCACCAGGACGUGAGCAACGGGCUUUGGGCCAUGGCAGUGCUCGACACCCAUCUGCCCCGCCAGGCGGAGCUGAUGGGAGAGCUGAGCUCCGCGCGGGCGCUCACCAGGCCUCAAGGCUUCAACCCCCAGGAGCUGGCCAACGUGAUUUGGGCGUUGGCCUCUUGCUGGUCAGGCCAAGCCGGUGACCUGGCGAAAGAACUGGCCAAGUUCUGCGUGGCAGAGCGCUCCAGGGAACUGGCUGCCGCGGAGCUGGCGGCGGUGUGCUGGGCCGUGGCUGUUGCCGCCCUGCCAGCGUCCCGAGUCCAGUCUUCGCUUCUGGAGCCACUGGCCGAUGUGGCACAGACUAAAAUGGACGAGUUCGGACCGCGCGAGGUGGCCUGCCUCUCCUGGGCACUGGCGGUGGACAUGCCACAUCCGCGACAGCACCCCCUGACACAUGCCUUGACAAAGAGCGCCCAGCAGAAAGCCCCGCAGUUCACCACCCAGGACGACGAGCAGAUGAAGAAGCAGUGGGAUGUGUCGGACAAGCUGGUGGAUGAGGAGGGGUGUCAACUGCUGACGCUGAGCGGGGACGACAAUAACGGCACAUUCUGA